AUGCUCAAGAAGGUGCGCAACAAGCUCUCGAAGCGGCAGCACGAGGACGAGGCGAGCUGGUCGACGCGGUCGUGGCUGUCGCUGCAGGCCCAGCGCAUCCAGCUCGAAAAAGACGAGCAGUCCUCCUUUGGUCUUCGCGAGUCGGCCUUAUAUCACGCACCAUCUCCCAACCAAGGCGGCAUGAUGCUGCUCUUCGCCACCACGCUAGCUGCGCCGCUGCCCGUCGGUCGACCCGACGAGCUCGGCGCCAUGAUGCUCGGCGCUCUCCGCGACAAGGACGAGCGGAAGACAGAGAUGGGCGCGACAGUAAAGCUGGGUCUCGCCGCGAUCUCCGGCGACGAAGGAGCAAUGGACGCGGCAUCCGAUCAGGCCGCGGGCAUGGCUGCCGACGCGGCCGCAGACGCUGCGAUGGCAGCGGUCGAGCACGGACCAGCAGUGAUCUCCUUUGCAAAGCUCCUGGCCAAAGAGGGCUACCAGGGCAUCAAAGAGGCCACGAAGGACGACGGCAAGCAGCAGUCCAGUUCCGGUGAGGGCCAGGCGCACGGCGCCUACGCAUACGGAGGUGGCCAGCCGGGUGGGAAGCAGUGGGGGUACGGCGGUAAGCACUGGGGCUACGAAGGCGGACAGCCGGCAUCGGGAUAUGCUUAUGAUGGGCAGCAGUCGGGAUACACAUUCGCAGCGAAGGAGGCGGCGGAGGCGGCAAGGAAGGAGGCAGCGACAUUCGCAGCAAAGGAGGCGGCGGAGGCGGCAAGGAAGGAGGCAGCGGCUGCGAACGCUGCAAGGGCGGACCUAGCGGCCAAGGUGGCGGCGGCGACGAAGGCAGCCAUGGCCAAGACGGCAGAGGCGAGCGAAACAAAAGCGAGUCUGGAGGCGAGGCUGGCCGCGGCAGAAGCAAAGCUUGCGGCAGCGGCCCAGGCGGCCGAGAUGGAAACGGCAGCGGCUGAGGCGGCCGAGGCAGGGGCUGAGGCGCUGGCCCAAAAGAUGCAGGCGGAGGCGGCUAGUUGGAAGGCAAAGGCGGAGGCGGCGAGCGGCUUGCAGACGGGAUACGGCGUCAGCCAGCAGUUGCUCGGGCACACCUCAGGCGAGCUCCCUGCUGGCUGGGCCUCAUCUACGCUUCAGGGCCAGACCUACUACUACUGCGAGAGCGAGCACCCGCUCGGAGGCAGGCUCCCCCCCUCGCAGUGGGAAGUGCCCGCUGUCCCGUGCGCAGCGGCCUCCUCCAGGACCGAACGCAAGGGCCAGUGCACGUUCCGGGACGCCAACCUCCAAGACAGUGGCCCGCGGUGCUACAUGGAGGGCGUCGGCGAGUGCGCUGGCCAGUGCCUCACACACGCCUUCAAGCCCGCGUACUACACCAACGGCGUCUGCUACGACUCCAUGGCCCAGUGCACCGCCGGGAUCGCCGCACAAUCCAACUGGAUGUCGGUGACCGGCCACCACCGCUGCUACGAGUACAAGAAAGAGCGCGGCCGGUGCGUGCCGAAGGACGCGAAGCCUGCGCGUGGCUGCUACAACGACCCGGACGAGUGCGAGGCGUUCGGAGCACCGGAGCGUACACCGGAGCGUACACCGAAGACUGGGCUCUGCCUCACCACAACCGCCGAUUUCGCAGCAGCUAUUGGCAUGGCCGCCAGCUCCUGUCAAGACAAGAACUAUUGGGCGUGCGUAAAGACGCACAAGUCGAACGCCGAUUGCAAGGCCUUGUGCGAGGACGACACCCACUGUCUCUCCUUCGCGAAUUACCCGAUGGCUCGUCUCGCCGCUGACCAAGAGCACUUUGUUGUCGGCCAGCCAAACGGCGUGACCUGCCUGCUGUUUCACAGCGCCCCGACAGACCCCUCUAGGGCCACAUGCGAUGGAGGCAGCGUCUUUGAAGAAGUGCGCAGUCGCCCACUUCCGACCCAUCCGCCGCCGCCGCCGCCGCCGCCGCCGCCGCCGCCGCCGCCGCCGCCGCCACCGCCACCGCCGCCGCCGCCGCCGCCGCCGCCGCCGCCACCGCCAGCCUCCGUGCAACCUCGCUCGGGCGGCCCGUCGUGCGACUGCAACUAUAUCGGCGUGUCGGGAGGCUACGAGCACCAAUCCACGAGUAUGGGCGUCUUCACGCGCACAGGGACGGUGGUGAAUGGCCGCUGGGUCUACAAGAACUCGGAGGACCAGUACCUCUACUUUCCCUCUGGCUACAUGUGGAUGAUUAGUGACGACUACACCUCUGCGUCUGCUGGGGUGGUCGACUAUUCGUAUUCAAACGCCCUCUGCCCUAACGAUGUCGGCUCAAACUUCCAGAGGUGGGACGGCUCGGAGUGGGGCGGCAGCGUCGCCGUCGUCUGCUACUCGUGGUGGCAAGGCGGCCGCGGCGGUCGAUACAACGACUACCGCCACGGACGCGACGAUGACGACGGCGACGACAGCUACGAUGAUCGUCGCCGCCAUCGCCGCGACCGUGACGACGACGACGGCUACUCCUACGAUUGAACGAGUUGCAACUCUGCGGUCCCGGGGCCCUAGGUGGCUUGAAAUGGAUCGCGCCGACGCCGAGGCAGAGCCCGCCCUGCUAGUUCUUCCGGCUGACUGACUUCUGUGCUGUGUGACUAUUUUCUCUCUCUCACCUUGUAUAGUG